AUGCGCAAUAGAAGUGUUGAGGACUAUGUGGAUGACUACUUUUCAGUUGAUAAGUUCAAGAAGGCAUAUGAACAUGUGAUCAAGCCCAUGACCGAUAGGAAUCAAUGGCCUAAAGUAGAUAUGGGUUUCAAACUUUGGCCCCCAUUGUUGAAGAGAGCUGCAGGCCGUCCAAGAACUAGGAGGAUCAAAGGUGUUGAAGAAGGUGGAAAGUCAACUUCCCAGAGACAGUGCAAGAGGUGUGGUCAGUUUGGUCACAUGAUGAAGACAUGCAAUGAGACUGUGUAUGACUCUGAUGCACCACCACCAGCAAAGAGACCAAGGACAAAGAAGACCACUGCUGCAGCAACAACUGUAUCCACCCAACAAUCACAAAUUGAAGGUGCACCACCAGCUCUGACUAACAGCCCAGCUCUGACUAACAGCCCAGCCCUGUCUCAAGAAAUCAGUGUUGCACCACCAGCUCUGACUAACAGCCCAGCAGCAAACACUAGGAGGUAUUUAAUAUCUGUCUUGAAAUAG